AUGCCACCAAGAGUAGAUAGCAUAGUGCUACUUGAAUGCACCAUGCAGAUGAUCAGGGAAACUCACACCAACUGGGAUGAAGACCAAGUCUUGGAGCGCGCCUUCUCGCUAAUGAACCUCCAACCCAACACCAACCAAGCGGAGAAGAUCCCCAAGUCGGUGCUCAGCAUCAUCUCGCAAAUCGUCAAGCUCAACGAGAACAACUGGGCCAUCUGGGAGCCAAUGUUCAUGGACUGUAUCCGCCCAAUCAAGAACGCCAAGCGGAUCCUCACUGAGGAGAUUUCCAGUGGCCAUACCAACUAUGAUGAGGAACUGGACAGCCACUUGCUGGGUCUCAUCUUGUCCUCCUGUGACCACGGACCCACCAGCCGUAUCAACACCUACACAGUGCGGGAGCAAGGUGAGGAGGAGCAGCUUGGCUCUACACUCUACAAGAAGCUCAAAGCUGCUCUCACAAUAAACGAUGAAGUUAAACUCUCCGCCAUUCACGACUGGGUACACGAAGUCAAGCUAGCCCAGCGCAACAUUGUCAACCUCGGUAAGGAGCUUGAUCAAAUCUGGAAUGACGCAGCCAGGCUCAGCAGCCGCAUGGACGAAAAGCUCAAGAAGUCUACCCUGUACCACUGCGUCAAGGAUGACUGGCUCUACACCCAGACAGUAGACUCCCUCAAAGCUGCUCAACCUGGUUGCAGCUAUGAGUAUGCCUAUCAUGCACUAGCUAAGAAGCACCAAGAAGCUGAGCUCUCAGGUUGUAUCCGAGCCACGGCCAGAGUCGCGAGCAAUAGAAGUUCAACAGGCCAAGCUGGCGAGCAUAGGCAGAUUCUUAACCAAGAGGGCUACAAUAGGGGCAGGCGUGACCCCACAAACCCUAACGAACCGGCCAAGUGCUAUAAGUACAGUACAUGGAUUCUCGACUCUGGAGCUACACAUCACAUGGUACGUGAUGAGGGUAAGCUCAUUGCCCCAACGCCGAAGCAAGGAUCCAUAGAUACUGCUGGACAUGAACGAUUGCGAGUACAGGCAAUAGGCGAUGCAACUCUGCAAGUAAGAGACAUUAAGAUACCACUCACUGAUGUACUUCACGUUCCCAACCUUAGCAAGAACCUAUUGUCCAUCCCAGCGUUGACUGAAAAUGGUGCAUGCAUGAUAUUUGAAGAAUCUGGAGCUACUAUCCUCCAGCAUGAUGGGAGCAUGGUCAAGAGCAAGACCAACUGGCGCAAGAAGAGAUGGGAGGUUUACGGUGACUCCCUAGCAGCACAGCUCAAUGAUCCCCUAGAGGGCAUUGAUGCCACCACAACACCAGCAAAACCCACAAGCCACAUGACGAGCAAACUAUGGCAUGAACGAUUCGGUCAUCCUGGCAGGAACAAGACCAAGCAAAUCCAGGCCCACUACUUAGGAAAAGAGACACAGCUUGGACAUGAUGCAAGGGACUGCAACUGUUGCAGCCAAGCAAAGCAAACAUGCGCAAGAAUGACAAGUAGCAAAACAGACAAGGCCAAAGCAUUCCCCGCUCUAAAGGCAUGGAUCAAGGCAGCAGAGAUAGCAACGGACCACACGCUAAAGUGCAUCCACAGUGACAAUGGAACAGAGUGGUCCAGCUUUGGAGCAGAAGAAUGGAAACGAGAAGCAGGGUUCAAAUGGCAGAAAACCACACCAUAUGUCAGUGCCCAGAAUGGGAGAGCAGAGCGCAUGAUCAGAUCCCUUCAAGAAAAGAUGUGUGCAAUGCUCAUCCAGAGAUCAGUACCAAAGGAGCUGUGGCCCUACACCAUCAUGGCUGCAGGGCACACACUGAACUUGACACCCUCUACCAAAGCAAAUAGGAUUCCAUAUGAGGACUUCCACCACAAGUCGGCACAUGGUUUGGCCAAGCAGCUGUGUGUCUUUGGUUGCCUCGCUUGGGUCCACCUCCCCAGGAAGGAUCAUACUGGAAAGCAUGGCAUAAGAGCAAUCCCAGGAAUCAUGGUCGGCUACGAUGACGAGCACAAGGGCUGGAAAUUCUUCACCCCCAGCCACACCCCAUCUAUAUGGUGGAGCAACUCAGCCACAUUCCAUGAAGCCAAAGGUUGGCAUGAUCGCCCCAGUGUGCAGAGCCCACUGCAGUUCGGUUUCGAGAGCCUCGAAGCAGAAGGUACUAGACCCGAGACAGAUAGCGACAAGCCCGAAUUGGAGGUGGAAGUACUCAACAUGGAAGACCCACUUCCCAAGAUACACACUGCACCACCUGCUGACCCUACAGAUGACAACAGGUCGGAGCUCGAUGUUGAAGAGAUAAUUGGAGAAGCACACACAGCCACCCUGAACCUCACGCUGACCUUAAAGGAGGCACUUGCCAGCGACGAUGCACAACAAUGGCAGGAAGCCAUACGCAAGGAGCUGGACGGACUUGAGGCAAUGGGAACAUGGGAGAUUGUGGACGUUCCACCAAACACUAGACUUGUCGACUCCAAAAUAGUCCUUCGGCUCAAAUUGGAUGCCGAUGGCAUACCUGUCUGGCACAAAGCGAGACUCGUCGCACGGGGCUUCACACAGCAGGAGGGUAUCGACUUCGAAGAAACCUUUGCGCCUGUGGCACCGCUCAGUGCAAUAAGAGCCCUGUUAUCCUUGGUAGUGGAGCGCAACUGGGAAGUCCAUCAGCUUGACAUCACAAUGGCUUACCUCAACUCCACACUCAACCAUGUGAUCUACAUGAAACCACCAGAAGGUGCCAAGGUGCCGAAAGGGAAAGCCUACCGAGUCAUCAAGGGACUGUAUGGCCUUAAACAGUCGGGACGGGAAUGGAACAUGGAGUUUGAUAAGUUCCUGCGACGCUCAAACUUCCACAGGCUCGACUGCGCACCAUGCAUCUACACCAGAGGAGAAGGGGAUAACUUUGCAAUAGUGGUCAUCUAUGUUGACAACAUGUUAAUUAUAGCUCCAACCCUAGAAACAGUAAGGCGUAUCAAGGAGGAAAUAGGCCAAAGAUGGCGGAUGGAGGAUGGUGGCAAUGUCUCCCACUUCCUUGGGAUUAAAAUCACCAGGGAUCAAGAAGCGAAAACCAUGGACCUCGAGCAAACCAGUUAUGUUAAGCAGCUUCUGGAUGAACAUUUGGACAAGCGCAGAAGGAAGUCUAGCGUACCACUCCAAGACAUCCCAGUCCCAGAAACGGCAGCAAGCAUAGCAGAAUGUAAGGAGUACCCACAGAUCGUCGGCAAACUCCUGUGGCUGUCUAAUGGAACACGUCCAGACAUCAGCCAAGCUGUUGGCGUCCUUGCACGCUAUAUGACACAACCGUCAAGGGAGCACUAUAACGCUGCACAGAAAGUACUCCAAUAUUUGGACCACACACGAGAUAUCCACUUGCAAUAUGGCAGCAACAAGCAACAAGACUUUCUGAUGGCACACAGCGAUGCAAACUGGGCAAGCGAUGCUACAGCACAAUGCAAAAGCUCAUCUGGUUCAGCGGUGUUCGUGUGUGGUAACCUGGUAGCAUGGAAAUCAGCCCUACAGCGCUGCACUGCCUUAUCGGCGGUGGAAGCAGAAUUUGUAGCUGCGACAGAAGCCGCACGAGAGGUCCUGUUCUUCAAACACCUCUUCAAGGCUGUCGGAAUUGAUGUUGGUAUCCCUACAAUCUUUUCAGACAACACUGGCACCAUCCAGGUUAGCAAGGACCCUGCGCAACACUGGAAGUUAAAGCACAUUGACACCAAAUACCACUUCAUCAGAGACAACGUGCAAGAUGGAAAGGUCAGGAUCAAGUACAUUAACACUGCAGAUAACUUGGCAGACCUCUUUACCAAACCGGUGGGAAAGACUAUACUACAGUGCAUGCGACAGGAACUGGGCCUAAAGGCCCAGCAUGAUGCAGUGGCCUGGCAGUCUCCUGCCUUGCCACUGAGGGAGGCAGUUGAGGGAGAUGCGACGAAGCAGGGAUCCCGGCCGGGAUAA